CACUCAAAAAGCAUUAGUAGGACCUCAACACUUCAGAAUGUAGAGUAUUUAAGCUGUUCUAUAUUCUGUUUAUAGGAGAUCCCCAAAGAAAUUUUCCAAAAGGGUUUCUGGAAAAUCUAUUAACAAGAAUAUGCUUUUAGAUUUUCUCAAUCUUAUAAUCACGUUUAGCGGACAACAUUAAUCAUAUCCUGGGGUUUUAAGCUUGUUCUAAUGUUUUUUGAGUGAAGAGUGAAUUUUUUAAUAUUAGGUGAAAGCAGUCUGGAAAACUUAAUUUUCGUAAAACUGGAUUUUCGGUAUUUUUAAAAGUUUUUCUAAAAACAAAUAUAUCCACGAAGCUCAGGAUGGUCGAUUACCCAUAGUCCAUCGGUUUUUAAGGCUACCAAUAGUCACCGGCUGCCAGUCCUUUGACUUCGUAAGAUAUCCGAUACAACGCCCAAACCGCGGAAAAUCAAGAUUUCACUUUACUCGGAUUUUCGAGAGGACACUCAGAGCUAUCAGCCCGUGAACAAAAAACAAUACAAUCCUAUUGGAAAGUUUUUACAGACUGCCUAGUUUUCCAAAGAUCUCCUAGAAAACCUGUUUCAGAAAACUGCUCUGAAACCAACACCGGUUAUGAAAACGUGCCUUCAAGUAUCCUCUUUCGAAUGGCGAAAAUCGUAGAUCUUUACCUCAUGCCUGCCAAAAGUUAUUCAAAAAAUGGUCGCACGCACGGACUUUUUAAACGGACAAUAGUUACGGUACAAAUCCAGUCUUAUUUUAUUCAAGCUGUACAUUGAACUGUGCAGAGUUAUUCACUCGCUAAUAAACUCACACAGUGUAAAAAGAUGAAUUUCUUUAUUCCAGCAGCAUGGCAACAAUAUUACAAACUGUAAAAUCGAUCGCGUCGUCAACAAAAUGUAACGAGGACGAAUAUGAUAAAUUAAAUCAUACAUAUUCAACAGCCAUACUGCUCUGCGUAUUAUUUAUCAUAUCAUCCACCACGUUAUUCGGAGCACAAAUUCAAUGUUAUUCAAAGGAAUUGCCGGAUAAGAUGACUGUAAAUUAUUUAAAUAGUGUAUGUUGGCUGACUAAAACUGGUUCGUAUCACCAAUGGACAUAUCUAAGUUUAUUGGGGAUGACGUUAUGUUUUUGGAUACCAUCCAUCGUUUGGGAUUUUAUAUCAUCAACAAUCGGAAUGAAUUGGAGCUUAUUAUCCAAACAAUCCAUGGUUAAUGUUACAAAAUCUCAACGCUUGGACAUUAUUCAAGAUGCAGCUGAUCAAAUACAUCGUCACAUUUCAUAUUUUCAACCAUAUGGUGAUUACCGGCGACAAUCAACACUCGGUGUCUUCAAACGGCCAUUUACGGCUAUACACAAAAAUGGCUACCUAUUGUGUCUCUGGUAAUAUAUUAAGAACUUUUUUCCGUUAUAGACUUUUCUAAAUCACAUCCCGUUCGAGUGGACAAACAUCUCAGCUCAUUAUUUAAACAUUUGUCUAACUCCUAAUCUAUGAUUUACACCUUAAUUUUUGUAUCCAUAAACAUGAUUAAUGGGUUUCUCCUUUUUAGUUAUUUGUUUAUCAAAUUAUUGAAUUUGAUCAAUAUUGUCGGCUAAUUAACAUUAUUACACAUCUUAUUCGGCAUUCGAUUAUAUACAUUGGAUUGGCUCACGAAAAAUUUUCCUACAAAGAUUUAUUGUCUAGUUGAAACAGAACGGGUUGGUAAGUACUCCUUAACAACGUGUUAGUAGUUCUGGUCCACGGAUAACAAGAAACUGUAUUCGAAGUUUUAUUUUAUUUUCUAUUCUUUCUUUUUGCAGGUUUUAGUGUCGGGGGCAGGAGUCCAGCAUUCGCUAUACAUGCUGAGUGCGUGUUCCACUUAAACAUGUACUUGGCAAUCAUCUAUUUGAUAUUUGGGUACUGGUUAGUUUUUAUUGGAAUCUGUACAGUUUAUGGAAUUUGUAGUACCCUGAUAUCGUCAACGACACUAAAACGGCUACACAGCAUUCGAAAACACCUUAUUAUGAACGAUGUAAAGCGAGAAGAUAUAGCUCUUUUUGCUGGUAAAUUACUGUAACUGCAAUUCUAGCAACUGGUUGUGAACUAUGCAUCCUUUUCUAGAACAAUUUGAAACCGAAUACUGUCGUCGAGAUGGCUACUUGAUUUUCCUGUUUAUUCGUGCUCAAG